AUGAGUGGUGUUAGAGAAUUGGAUAAAUAGAUAUUGGAAACAAUAUUUCAAUAAUUCAAGAUUAUGUAAGAAGAUUUCAUUUUAGGAUUACAAAAUAAUAGAAAAAUGCUAGAAUAAGAAAUUGAGAUGUUCAAAAAAAAAAUUAAUUAGAUAUACGAACGAUAAUAAUUGGCAGAAAAAAUAAAAGAACAUAGGAAAGAAAAUCAUUUAAAUAAUUUUACAUAUGUUAAUUCAGGUUCUGGUUGUAUGGAUUAGUCUUUUAAUUUAAACAAGGUAAAAAUAAAUAAUAUAUUUAUUAGAAAACUAAAAAUUAAGACCAAAAAAUUUUGAAUGAGGAUGAUAAGUUUAAAUAAGUAAAGUCAUAUUAAAUUUAAUAGAUUUAAAUCAAUUUAGAAACUGAAAAAAAGAAAAGGAUAUUUAAUGAUGAAUAAACAACUCCUGCUAAAAAAUUGGAUAAAUAGUAAAAUAAAUAGAGUUAAGUUCAAAAAUAAGAUAGGUUUGAGUUUAACCUUAUAAAAUAGUACAAAAGAAAAGUAAAAUAACAUUAACUCUGAGUAAUAAAAUCAAAUUCUAUUAAAUUAUUAACAAUAAAAAAUAUCUGGAGGACAAUAGUUUCAAAAUUAAGAAUUGAAUUUUGAAUCAAAUAAAAAUUUUUAACAAAUAAAUCUUCAAAAGGUUUUGUGUAAUCAUCUACAUUAAAUAAAUGAUCAUGGAAAAAUAGAAAAUGAACUUAUUGAGUUUAAAAAAAAGUAUUAGCUUCUCGAAGAUUAAAUGAAAAAAUUAUAAAAAGAAAAUAAAGAAAAAGAUUAAAUUAUUUUUCAUUUUACUUAAUAAAAAAAUGUUAAUUUUUCCAAUGAUACAACUAUGACAAUUGAAAAAAUUGAAGAAAUACCAUAUAAUUAAGUAGAAUAAUAAAUAAAAAAAACAUGUAUUAAAAAAAUAAUAAUAAUGUUUAGUAUAGGAUUAAUUAAAUGAAGAAAGAAGAAAAAAUCAAUAAUUGAUAUAAAAUUACCAAAAUUUUUUAUAGAGAUUAUAACACACAUUUAGAUUAUAAAGGAAAUAAAAUGACUAAAUUAAAUAAAUGGAGGAUGAAGCUAUUGAAGUAAAGAUUUCAUUAAUUACUGAGAAUUAAUUGCUUAAAGAAGCGAAGCAGGUGAUUGAAGAAAUAUCAGAGUAUGAAGAAAAUGAUAGAAUUUAAAGGUAGUCAAUAGAAAAUUAAGAAAAUAAAUAUAAAAAUUUAGAAUCAAAAUAUGAAGAAAUAAGUUAAUAUUAUGCAUGUAUUUAAUAUACAAUUUUUUUUAGAGGCAUAUAAUAAAUUAGAGGAAGCACUUAGGUAAAUUGAAACUCUGGAAUAAACUAUUUAAGAUUUAAAUGAUAAGAUAGAAUAAUCAACUAAUCAGAUAGCUUAAUUAUAAUAAAAUACCCCUGAAUAAGAAAAGAAUGAAAUAGAUAUAUAAUAGAAUUCUUAAAUAAUAGAAGAAAUUUGA